GUUUCUUUGAAAUUCUUGUUUCUACCUGUACGCAGUGUAAGUCUUGCGCAACGUCUAGUCAGGCCAAUGACCAUGAACGGUAGUCUGCUGGUGGCAACACAGCUGUCAUCUCUCUUUCCUGCUACCCAAGCUGUCUUCGUCCCAGUUGAAAGCAGACGACCCAACACUACCUUACCUUACGAGGACGAAACAUCCGAGCUUAAUGAACACGCCUCAUUCUCCGCCAUUCUUCAUGAAGAGUCCACUGGCACGAUUCUCCUGCGAUUACUUGACAAAGGAUUCACCUUAGAGUUAAUAUCACUCUCCACGAGCGAAGUUCCACCCGUUCGAUUCAUAUUUCCGUCGGCUGUACUUCCUUCUCCAUCAGUACUUGUUUGGAGGGAUUCGGAAAUCCACAUCCUUGCUGUCACGGUGACGGGAUCUGUUCAUAGGCUCGUUCUUCCCAUAGGCACUGGCUAUACUCUUUGGAAGGAUACGAUAAAUAAUCGUUGGGCUUCCGAAUAUCUCAUCAAGAAUUGCGCAGGAGAAUUGGAAGGUCUAGUUCAUGUGCAUGGGAGCGACUGCGUGAUCAUCGGAAUGAAAAAUGGAACGCUGAUGAGGUUAGAAACUGAGUAUGCAGGCGUUGAAACUUCUGUCGAUGAUUGGUCGGAAUCACUGGUGCAACACGGAAACUUCUUUUCUUCUUUGACAUCCUUUCUUCCCUCUCUCUCUACCUCGAACAAUAGCGCAUCCGAAAUCAUCUCAAUGGCUACUUAUCCUCCACCCACCGAUAUUGGAAACGUGUGGACUCUUUCUCGCGAUCGUGUUCUCAGGCUCUGGAACCCAAAACUUGGUUGCGCGGCGCAGAAGACUCUCUCUCAGACGUUCAUUCGCGAUGUAUCACCCUCUCCUGGUACCCAGCCUCGCGGAUCAAGACCGCAAGUCUUACUGGAGGCGGAAAGGCAGACACUUCUCCGAGUAUUCUCCUCUGAAACACGUAAAGAUCGCCUCUUUGUACUCGCAUUUAUCCCUUCCAUAUCUUCACCAACUUCUGGAGGUUCCUUCCAGCUUUUGGAUACCUUCCGAGACCACAUCGAGGAUAUUGGCACGGUGCAGUGCUCAAAAAGCAGUGCUCAUUGUCACUUACACGACUUCAUAGUCGUCGAUAACGUGUUGUAUACGUUAUGGGACCGACAAGGGCAGUCAAUAGUUGAGAGGAUAUUCCUCGAUCUGGAUGGCUUGAGCAAGACCGGAACCCAGUCUUCGGUUUGGCAAAUUGCUUCCUAUGCCCCCGAAAUAGAGCUCACCCCCGUUUACCUCGAAGAAGUUCUCGCAUCCUCGGGAUCCAUGACCGAUAAAUUCCUAGAAGUUGCCAUGCGCCCGGGGAUGUUCUCAAACCUAACUCUUAACACAGCGAUCAAGCAAUACUCUGAAGCUUUCCGCGCUCUCCCUGGCCCUCUCCCACCACAGCUUACGACAACUUAUGCUUCGUUGGCAGAGAACAUCGCAGCCGUGGUCGGUUGCACGGUUAAUCUGAACCGUGACCCUCAUACCGGAGCACUCCAAUAUUCAAAGUACUGGAAUGCUCUGAAACGAGACUGGGAGGGCUUCAUCGCCCGAUGUCGGGAGAUUGAACGGAGUGCUCGUUGGCCCCUCACUCUUGGAACUCAGGGACAAGGCGGGAUCAUGGUCGUAGAACGAGAACGCGUCAGUUCUCUAGUUGUCGAGGAUCUACCCAUACAUCUUCGCCGAGUACUGGAACAUGAUCAACGGAUUACUGACGCCCACUAUGACUUACUCGGAAUACUUUGGAAUCUGCGAUUCAAAGCAGGGCCAGAACUUAUGAUGAGUUUGGAAAACUGCUUGGUAGAUGUGUUGCAUCAGGAGAUCGCGUUUCCCUUUGCCGAUAUACUUCAGGAUCAGGCCACUCGAUCACGAUUCAAAGAAGCCUUGAAUGAAGGGGCUAAUGAUUGGCUCGUCGGCAGGCUGCAGAGUAUUCAGGAAGUCGAAAAUGCUGUCCGCACGUCACUGGACGUGAUCGGUGGCUUUGAUAUGGAAGUGAAACGGGAAGAAGAUGAAGUAGAGCUUCUUCUACCUCCACCCACUUCACAAUGGUUUAGAGGAUUGACGGCAAGCUAUAUUGCGACUACAGUCAAUGCUAGGUAUGACCUAUGCCUAUGCCUAGUUGCACUACUGUUGUUCCUCUCAGAAGAGCUAGGUCAGUGGGACCCUUCGUUACUCGCAGAAGUUUUUGCUGUUUUCAGAGGAAUUGCAAUGCUACGUUACGUGGUUAGACAACCAGCAACUUCAUCAGUGAAACCACCUCUGGACGAUAUUUCCACUGCAGACGAUGUGGUUUCUUUAUUGCAGAAUAUGCAGGUUUCCCGGAGCAAGCUGCAUAUAACUCCUACUCAUUCCCUCAUACAUCGUCUGCUCUCUCAAUCCGGGGAUCAGGGUACUGUACUUCCUGGGGCGGCUCACCGUUUUCUGGACGCGACCGGUUUAUUACAGUCUAUCUCACCGGCGAACGCGACUAAAGCAGAAGUGGUCUUUUGCGAACGUCUGAGGCUUCUGGGCUAUUUCCAUGUUUCGAGGGAAAUCAUUUCGUGGAUGCCGAGAACGCCUGGUAUCACCUAUGUUCUUAGUAGGAUAUGUUUGAACACCGGAAGAGUCGAUGACGCUACACUUUUACUCGAGAAGCUCGCCGGUAGUUUCGGUUCCGAUAGCGCUCUUACCCCUGAAGACAAGGAGGCGCUGGAACAAGUGAUGCCUUCGAAUCGACUGUUUGUUUCGGCGUAUGAUUUUUACUUGUAUAUCGCCACCCUAUUCAAGUCGAGCGCAAACCUCUUCCAUGAAGUUGCAUUCACACAAUAUGCAUUGUCUUGCGCACCGCCUGGCACUGAUACCACCCCCUUGUGGCUGACCGUUGUCAAGGGUUAUACCGAACUUGGGAUGUACGAAGAUGCUUAUGGAGCCUGGCUCUCUAUAACGUCUGAUGCUCAGAAAAGAGAGAGUAUUAGCCACAUCGUGUACAAGAUGUGCGAACACAAUCAAGUGAAUUCACUCAUGAAUUUCAACUUCACCGGCUUUGCAGACGAAGUAGAAGAUGCUUUGGCCUUCAAAGCGCGGAACGCAGAUCCUCGCAGCAACCCUCGUUACUCGCACAUAUUGUAUUCUUGGUAUCUCAGCAAGGGCGAUUAUCGGAACGCUGCAUUAACGAUGUACCAGCGUGCUCGAAAGCUUCAAGCGCUUGCUUCAAGUGACCCAUCUUUAUUCACCACGCUGGCUCAAGAUCAACUGGAAUCAUAUAUGGUCUCAAUGAAUGCCCUCUCUUUGGCCGACCCCAAAACUGCCUGGUUUAUACUUCCCGGAUCGGUUGAUUCUGAGAAUGAAGUGAGAAAGAAGCGAAAAUUGUCUCUUCAUGUACCACCGGCCAGGUUUUUGACCGGGAAGUAUGACAACGAAGUGAUCCAACUCGAAGAUAUACAAUAUGACUACGCAUUAUUGGCCGCACAGUCAGAUCUUGUUCGCAAGGAUCCCUCCUUAUUAACGCUUAACGACUUUUUACUGCCCCCUUCAUCUAUAAUUAUGCGGUUAGCACAAUCAAAUCGUUUCGAAUUGGCAAUGGCUACUGCGAAAAGUCUCAACGUGGACAUGACGGAACUCUUCGCACACUUAACCACUCAGUGUCUCAGGCUUUCGCAUAACCCCGAGGCUGUCGUCCAAGAAGACAACUCCGACUGGCUGCUCACUGAUAAAGUCUCGUCCUGGCCUGGCAGUCCAGCAGACCGUGGUUGGAGAUAUCUUCGAGAAUCCCUCAAGCGGCAUGAUAGUUCUGAAACGGAGCACAAAUACACAAAAGUUGCUCUCGAAACGGUUUUGAGCUACCAGUCAUAUCCACCUCCACCUUGGCUUAUACAAUCAUUGGAGGAAAAUCAUCAUGACUAUCUUAUCCGAGUCAGCCUCAAGUUUGGAUAUUUGGAGUAUGCUAUUGAUCACACACUGUCUCUCGUCCGCAAGGCCGACUCCCAACUUGCAAGAGACCUUCCAAAACAUGCGGCUUCGACCUGGUUGCCAUAUUACCUGAUCGAUCAGGUAUUAGCAGCUGGAACAGCUCACGAUCCCCCGCCAGCUCGGUUGUCGGAGUUGAGAAUGGAACUCUCCAAUCGCGUAAAACGCAUGCAAAAACUCAGUAGCUUCCAAUCACGGUAA